AUGAGUGACCUUUCCUGUUUAUAUCCCACACUUUUAUGUGCUGCUGAAACUGCCAAAACCUCAUAUGACGAGGAUACCACUUCUGUUUCAUCCGGGUUGAGCCCACCAGGAUCACCGUUGGACUCACAAAACUCAUUGGAUCAUGUUAAACGGCCAAUGAACGCUUUUAUGGUUUGGAGUCGGGGACAGAGGAGAAAAAUGGCACAGGAUAAUCCAAAAAUGCACAACUCGGAAAUUAGCAAACGGUUGGGUGCGGAGUGGAAACAACUCUCAGAGCAGGAGAAGCGACCUUUUAUCGAUGAGGCUAAAAGACUCAGAGCUUUACAUAUGAAGGAGCACCCCGACUAUAAAUAUCGUCCUCGCCGGAAGCCAAAAUCCGCUAAUCUGAAACAACAACCACGUCUGAACAUCUCAAUGCCAACUCUAACGCCACCCACACUUUUCAACAAUUUUACGGCUUUUGAUAGCUUGAAAACUCAUGACUUGUCACAAUACUACUCUUCGUUUUUCCAAUCUCCUGUAUUAUCGACUUCGAAUUAUGCUCCAUAUAAUAUGAUGGCAGCUUAUGCGAGACAAGCGGCGGCUGUAGCGGCUGCCACUCAAGUUACAGCUUCUACAACGACUACUGCACCAGCCACCUGA